AUGGGGUUGAGGGACAAGACUGAGACCGGUGAGGGGAAGGAUUUCCUGGUGCCUGUUAAUCAGGCAGGGAAGGUCUUGAAGAAGGGAAGGAAGAAACAGGAGCUGGACCGCCAGAAGCAGGCCGAGAAGAAGCGGCGUCGGCUGGAGAAAGCGCUCGCAAACUCUGCUGCCAUCAUCUCACAGCUGGGAAAGAGGAAGCAUAAUAAUAAGAAAGAGGAACAGGAAAGGCUGGACGAGGAGGAAGUCGUUUCAAAGAAGAAUGAUGAACCGGACCGCCAGAAGCAGGCUGGGAAGAAGCGGACUCGGCUGGAGAAAUUGCUCGCAAACUCUGCUGCCAUCAUUUCAGAGCUGGAAAAGAAGAAGCAGAAGAAGAGAGAAGAGCAGGAAAUGCUGGACGAGGAAGUCGCUUCGAUAACCGAUGCGGUCGCUCUUCAUGUUCGCAUCGGCGAGGACUCCGAUGAAUCCCGCCAUCUGGUGCUGAACAAGCACAGAAGAUGCAGCGACUGGGACCCCGAUGCUGGUUUCAACCUUUACAUGGAGAUGUGA